AUGGCCGACAAGCUUGCUCAGGCGAUUGCGCUGUCUAUAUCUGCCAAAAUUCCUCUCUACACUAGUCUCGCAUCGCUCACAUGGGUUCUCCAUGACUAUUUGGUGACAGUCAGAGACGAGGCUCGAUAUAUUUGGGUCAGUUCAGCGUUCCAAACCGGUCCGUGGAAUACGGGGAAAUUCCUCUUCUUCUGGAUCAGAUAUUACACGAUUAUGCUGGCCGUAUUCGAUGUGGCACAGAUCCACUCCUUCUCAAGGUUCCGGCCGAGCUUGACGACGUGUGUCGUCAUGGACGCGAUGAUCCGCGUUGUGGGCGCAAUCAGUCUCUGGGCGAUCGAGAUCAUCAUGCAACUUCGCAUCUAUGCCCUCUUCCACUGCUCGAAACGAGUUGCGAUGGUCAACGCAGUACUCUUCCUUGCAUCGAUAGGGGUAUUCUUGUGGAUUCUUAUUCACAACGGCCUGGGACGCGCGGCAGUUAUCAAAGAUGCGAAGGCUCUUCCCAUCCCCGGAUGUCCUGUAGUUCAUACGGGGAUCGAAUGGGCGCAGUGGGUUCCGGCGACCGCUUUCGAAGGUGUUCUCUUCGCAUUCGCGAUAUACACAUCAGUAGAAAGUAUGCUCGAACGUAAACGGACCGGAGAGCGCAAAUCAGGGCUCUUCUCCGUUGUACUGGAAGACAAUAUAGUGUACUUCUUUGGGAUCACAUGCAUCCUCGUUUUCAACAACCUGAUGGUGGUUAAUGUCACUCAUAUCCCAUGGUUCAGCUACGGUCCCUUCCACGCCGCCACUGGCAUCAUGACCGCUCGCAUGCUCAUCCAUCUCCGCAAGGCUUCGACAGAGACGCCGUCGCCCAGUAUGGGUUUUAUGCCAGCGGGGUACUCUCAAUCCGCUGCCAUACAAACAAUGGAGUGGCGUUCCAUGGGCGUAACGUGCAUAGAGGAGGGCUUCUAG